GAGUUCUAAUACCUACCUAUAUAUUCUAUAUAUCAGCUGGUCCCCCUAAACAUAUCAUCCGAAUAGAGGGAGACUAUAGUGUGUUUAUAGAUGAGUAAGUAUAAUAGUCUUUUUCAUUAAUUAAGUGCAUGGCCAUGGUGUCGUGUUCCAAGUGCGUGGUUAGUCAUUACCUGUAGUGUGCACAUCUACGUAGUAAUCCAUACAUGGGCUAAAAAUUGUCAUCAGCUUACAGCCUUUGCGUAAACCCUUUCGGAGCUCCAAAUUAUAUCUCUAAGGGUUUACCGCAGGAUACAUUUUUCAAUUAUCGACCAGCCCAGAAAAUCCAAUCCGAUCAAAACUGAAUCACAAAGAUGAGUGGACACAGCAGUGAUAACUCCUUGUGGAAAAAUCACAAAAACUCUACGGGUCCUGCAAUUAUGGAGAGCCUAGAUAGUUUGUCAAUUUUGAGUCGUGAUGGAAACACUCAAGAUUAUCUGGUUACUGCACAAGAUCAGAAUUCAAAAUCUUUGACCGUUCACAGUGAACACGAGAGUUUUUUACUGAUAGAUGGCAAUGAAAUGCUCAAGGUUUCAAGUGCAGAUCAAUUCAUCAAGAGGCUCAAUUGUCCAAACAAAACGCAAAAAAUUAAAGUUGUGUCUAUUUUUGGAAACACAGGUGAUGGCAAAAGUCAUACUUUGAACCACGCAAUUUUUAAGGGCCAUCCAGUUUUUGAGACCUCCAACACCCAGAACUCUUGCACCUUGGGUGUCUGGGCAGCCUUUGAUGCACACCUCGGUGUCAUUUGUCUCGACACCGAGGGACUUCUUGGUUUCACAGAAAAUGAAAAAGUGCGACUUCGGCUGCUGCUCAAGGUUUUAGCUGUGUCGGACAUAAUUGUGUACAGGACGCGCUCGGAGCGUCUGCACAAGGACAUGUUCUCGUUUCUGGGAGAUGCUUCCAAGGCUUAUAUGAAUCAUUUUCAGCAAGCUUUGCAAACCGUUGGCCAGAAGGAGGGCUUCCAGGGUCCUGUCAUAUCUCUUGGACCAAGUGUUAUUAUUUUCCAAGAGACAAUGAACACCAUGCCGCUAGUAAACAAUGGCGUGAGAAGUUGCGAGGACAUAAUUCGGGAGCGUUUUGCUCAGGCCGAGCUGCAUAUCGAGGCUUUCAGUUCCAUCAAGUAUGUAGGUGUUCAAACUCAGAAAUUGCCAACCAACUUUAGAUCGCUCAGAGGAGCUAUUAAGCAAGAAUUGCGCAAUACAACGGUGCGCUCAGCCAGGACACCAGACAUAGUCUAUCUUACGUUGAAAAAUCUGAAUGACAAAUUUUCUGGGAACAUCGAUCAGAAUCACAACGUGUUUCUCGACCAAUAUUUUACGUGCACGGUGAAAUGCCUCAGUUGCGAGAGUAGGUGUCAAAAAAGUAUGGGACACGAGAAACCGCACUUGUGUGAAACCAAGUGUCGCUUUCAGCAUCAGUACCAAAACCAAAAAUACACUUGUAAAAAGUGUUUUUUAAAUGGCGUUUAUCAGGAAGUUAUAAAAAGAGAUAUAGGAGAAAACGAGAGCAGUUGGUUCAAUUAUGCUGAAUACUUGUGGUCUGGAUAUGUUUUGGAGUGUUCUACUUGUGGUGAAAUUUAUCGUAGCCGCAAGUACUGGAUUGGCAAUAGCAAUCCCGAAGAUACAGCAACGAGAACUGAAAUCACUCAUGUUUGGGAUGAGGCUGAUAAUUCGAUUGACACCCAAAACAAGGCUCAACGGCUUAUUGAUAACGUGUCGCACAUUACCGAAGUAGUGUCGAGCAUAGCACACCAGCCAACAAAAGCUCUUGGUUCAUGGGUAGCCGACCAAGUAAGACCCAACUCUUGGAGGUCCAACUCUGAAAUUACAGAGUGCAACAAAUGCCACAAGCCCCUCACACUGACCGACAAAUGGCACCACUGUCGCGUUUGCGGUGAGGGUUUCUGCGACACCUGUUCUUCAAAGCGUCGAAGAGUGCGAGGUUGGAGCGGUCCGGUACGCGUUUGUGAUGGCUGCUUUGAGCUCGAUACCAACUCAAGCGAAGAGGCUGUACCUAAAGUCGUAGACGAUGUGACUAUGAGACAGGUAUCCGAGACAUUUGUUUCAACGCUUAGUGCUGUUGGAUCGGUAUUUAAUUACCCCAAAUCAAUAAUCAAAGAUUGCUCCCGUCCAUCGUAUUGGGUUCCGGACGCCGAAAUAACCAACUGUUGCGUAUGCGAUGUCAAGUUUAUUUAUCCAACAGUACCUCUGCAUCACUGCAGAGCUUGUGGACGCGGUGUCUGUCAUAAUUGUUCCCAGCACAAAAAAUCAGUACCACGUCGUAAUUGGUCAGAUCCCGUACGUGUGUGCGACUCUUGCAUCAAGAACGACUAAGUGACUCUACUGCAGUGGUCAUAUAUACAUUUUAUUUUUUUAUUUCUUCCAUACUUUCGUGCAAUGGACGAUUAAGUAAUCACAAAAUAUUAGCGAUUACUGAUUUUAAAUAACAUACAGUGUUAAUUGUUUAUUUACGAUUGUUUUCCACCACUUAAGACUUUUCAUGUCAUUGUUUUAUUUAAAUUUUACGAUCAAGUAAAGUUAUCACAUUUAUGAUUGUUUGGUUUCUGUAAGAAUUGGUAGACUAAUUCAUGAGUAUAACAGUUCUGUAUUUAAUUUUUUUCUACGAAAAUAUUUGUAUUUUGUAAUAGUAUGUAUAGAUGUAUGUAGAUCCAAAAAAGUAUUCAUUUCUUAUAUGUUUGAACUAGGAUAAAUGAUCAUCUUAGUGCGUGCAGUUGCAGUUUAUUCGUUUAUAAAUAUUUUUUGUAGGUAACGUUAUUAACUAACAAUUAACAUCACAAAGCCUAGUUUUUCUUAUUUAAAAAAAAUUCUGCUAAAAAAAUGACAUCAAAGUUCUGGCAUGGAAUUUGAACUAAUUUUGUUAAAUCUCUGAUUACUUGUUUUUAUAAGAGUAUAGCACAAGGGUCUUAAUUUCAAAUAAACCCUAAAACCUUUUCACGUUAUUUUUUAUUUUAUUUUUUUUUAAUAAAUGCGAUUUAAAUUAAGCUGUAUUUUUUACUGAAUAUGAAUCUAGUUUUGUCUAUAUACAUUGGAAUUUAGUACUUAGAAAUUAAAAAUCUAGUAAAUAGUACACUGAAAAUACUUACAUGUUGUCAUAAAAAGUGACUAAAUUAGUGUGGAAAACUAAAAGUUUGCAUAUAAGGUAAGAUUGCUACUGUGGAGCAGUUGUGCCUAAAAAGAUGACUAAAACGUUAUGUGGAGGGUGGUAUACUUUGAGCUUUGAAUCGAGUCAUUUAGUUUUUAAUGAUUACAUAAAUUUUGUUUUAGUCUGCAAAUUUUAGUAUGGUUUUCAACAGUUUAUUAGCAUUUCAUUGAUAAAAAUUACAAGAAAUUUUUCUUUUUUAUAUGUGCAAUUCUAUGGUGAUUUUUAAUUGGUUUGAGUCGCGUUAUAAAAAAAAGUAUUAGUUUUACAAACCACAAAAAAGUUCCUUUGUUAUGAAUUACUUGUAAUAUACUUAAAAAAAUGUUAAGUUUGCUCUUGAUCAAUUUACGAAAGUGUAGGUGGCUGUGAUAUGUGGAAUACUUGUGGGAAUACACUCUUAUUGUUUAAGGAAGGGAGUAAAAUUUCCAAAUGCAGGUUUCAAUGUAUAAAGAGUGGUCUCUCAGCAAUCACAAUGUCUUUUUUGUAAGAGAAAGUAAUAAAAAAAUUUUUUU